AUGCGUCUCAGAAUUCAGUCGUCCUCUGCAUCUGUGCUGUUGAUGCUUGCGGGCUCGUCUUUCGGCCAGUAUUUUCCCGCGGCACCUAAGAACGUGACGGUCGUCAGAUCGCAGGUCCAGGAUGGCGUCUCGAUAUCUUUCAAAGAGUCCAGCAUAUGUGAAACAACCCCAGGAGUGCGGUCGUAUGCUGGGUACGUCCACCUGCCUCCGGAUGUUGUGGAUGAUCUCGGGGUCGACCAAAAUUACACCAUCAAUACGUUCUUCUGGUUCUUCGAGUCCCGCAAGGAUCCAGCAAAUGCGCCUCUCUCAAUCUGGAUGAAUGGUGGUCCUGGCAGUUCCUCUAUGAUCGGUCUUCUGCAGGAAAAUGGACCGUGCAACGUCAAUCAUGACUCCAACAGCACGACGCUGAACCCCUGGUCUUGGAACAAUGAAGUCAACAUGCUGUACAUUGACCAACCAAACCAAGUCGGGUUAAGCUACGAUAUUCUGGUGAACGGAACGCAGGAUCUGCUCGAUCCUUCUGGCGACGUAGUGACAGACGAGUUCACAAACGGGGUGCCCGAGCAGAACAACACCUUCCUCGUCGGCACUUUUCCGAGCCAGCUGCUAACAUCAAGCGCCAAUGGUACAACCAACGCCGCGAGGGCGCUUUGGCAUUUCGCCCAAGUCUGGUUCCAGACGUUCCCAGCCUACAAGCCCAACGACGACCGGGUCAGCAUCUGGACUGAGUCGUAUGGAGGACACUAUGGGCCCGCGUUCGCCAACUUCUUCGAAGAGCAAAACGACAAGAUCGCCAACGGCAGCUGGCAAGACGCUGGAGAGACUUAUCAGAUCCACCUCGACACCCUCGGCAUCAUCAACGGCUGCAUCGACACGCUGGUCCAGGAACCGAGCUAUCCCGAGAUGGCGUUCAAUAACACGUACGACAUCCAGGCCAUCAACCGUACCAUCUACGACGCCAUCUUGGCGAGGUUCACGGAACCCGGCGGCGUGCGCGAGCUGAUAGAAAUCUGCAGAGCCCUAGCGGCAGAAGGGGACUCGGAGAACCAGGGCAACAAUGCGACCGUCAACGAAGCCUGCGCGACCGCCAACGACGCAACAUGGGACAUCGAGGGGCCUUACGUCGAGCUCUCCGGCCGGAAUUACUACGACAUCUCGGCCAUCGACCCGGACCCCUUCCCCCCGAACUACUACAUCGGCUACCUCAACCAGCCGCACGUGCAAGCCGCGCUCGGCGUCCCAGUCAACUACACCAAUCCCGGCGGCAACGCGGCGUAUUACGCCUUCCAAAACACAGGCGACUACCCGCGCGGCGGGUACCUCGAGGACCUCUCGGCGCUGAUCGACGCGGGCAUCAAGGUCGCCCUCGUGUUCGGCGACCGCGACUACGCCUGCAACUGGAUCGGCGGCGAGGCCGUCUCCCUGGCUGUCAACCACUCCGGAAGUCUCGCGUUCGCCAACGCGGGCUACGCCAACGUGACGGUCAACUCGACCUACGUGGGCGGCCUGGUCCGACAGGCCGGCAACUUCAGCUUCACGCGCGUCUUCCAGGCGGGCCACGAAGUCCCCGCCUACCAGCCCGAGACGGCGUACGAGAUCUUCCGCCGCGCGCUGUUCAACCGCGACAUCGCCACGGGCACGGCCGACACCGCGAGCAACGCCUCGUAUGCCACCGAGGGCAUGGCGAAUACGUGGGCCGUGAAACAUGUCGCGCCCCAGAGCGACCCGCCUGUGUGUUACGCGUAUAAUCCGUCGGCUACGUGUGAGGAGGCCGAGCUCGAUGCCUUGGCUGAUGGUUCCGCGCUGGUGCGCGACUAUAUCGUCAUUACCAAUUACACCGCGUCCUUGUUUCCUGAUCUGGUGGGUGCGAAUGGCACAAGCGCCAAUGGCAGUGGCGGCACCGGCGGCGGAGGUGACAAUGGAGGCCCCAACAGCGCAGGCUCGUCCAUCCGUGGAAACUUGGCGGGAGGUCUAGUCGUUACUGCGAUUCUGAGCCUAGGAAUGUGUUGGCUAUAG